AUGUUCUACUCGGAGACGCUCCUCCAGAAGACCGGGCCGCUUGCCCGUGUCUGGCUGUCGGCCAACCUCGAGCGCAAGCUCUCCAAGAAUCACAUUUUGCAGUCCAAUGUCACGGACAGUGUCGAGGCCAUCAUCACGCCGAACCAGGCGCCCAUGGCCCUGCGUCUCAGCGGACAGCUCCUGCUCGGUGUCGUCAGGAUAUACCAGCGCAAAACGCGAUAUCUGCUGGAUGAUUGCAAUGAAGCCAUGAUGAAGAUCAAAAUGGCUUUCCGAUCCAGUGGAAACAACGAUCUGGCUGCCAACCUGCAGGUUACUAACCGCGAGGCCUUGCUUCUGCCCGAUCGCAUCACGCCGUACGACAACCUCGAAUUGCCUCCCCCGCCUGAUGCUUCAUGGCUGCUUUCGCAAGUCGAGGAUGUGUCAUCCACGCAAGUAGGUAGGAAGGGACGCGUCAGCAACAAUCGAGACAUCAAUUUGCAGGAGGAUUUCGACAACAGCCAGUAUCUCCAGGGCGGCAUGACGCUGGAUGAGGACGCGCUUGCGCCCAUGGAUGACCUUGAGCUCGAGCUCGACUUCGGUCUCGACAUGGAUGGUGGCCCGAGCCACAGCAUUGAAAUGGGUCGAGAUGCUCCCGCUGCCCGAUCAAUUGAAGACGAUGUGUUCAGCGAGCUUGACAUCAUGCCCCGAUCCAAAGAAGGCGCUGGUCCCGAAGACUCUCGCAUGGAUUUGGACGGUGGCGUCAGGAUUGCAGAUGAUGAGGGCGAUAUCCAGAUGGGCGAUGACGAUUUCCAGUUCAACCCUGACGAUCAGUCUGCCGUCCCUGGCCUGGCUGCUCUCGAUAUUAAUCGAGAGAGAAUUUCGGAGUCUCCUCUAUCAGACAUUGAUGAUCAGUUUGCCAAGGAGAUUGAAGAGGAGUAUUCUCGCCACGGCCACACAGAUCUUUACGAACCCCAAGAUGACGUGGAAGAUUCCCCCGUUAAGCGACCUACACAACGCGCUAGAAAGCAGCGCGUCAUGAUGCCGGAUGACGAAAUUGCGCUGUCUAGCACUCACAUCAAGCAGCAGCAGGCGCACAGAGAAAACAUCACCAAGCCAGCCACAUACCUGCCUCGCGAUCCUUUACUUCUGGCUCUGGCAGAAAUGCAGAAGACGGGCGGCUUUGUGUCUUCCAUCAUGAUGGAAGGUCGAAGCAUGGGAUGGGCACCUGAGCUGCGUGGUAUGCUAUCAUUGGACAUGGUCCGUGGUGCGAAUGACCUGAAGCGCAAGCGUGACUCUGGCGUUGCCGAUGUGGAAAGCGAGCUGGGUAUCAAGUCUCCCCGUCUGGAACUGGGAGAUGAUACCGAUUUCACUCUCGACGGAAACGCCUUCGGUAACCAGAGCGUGGGAGCUGACGGCACCAUUCUCGAAAUUCCCGCUGACGAAAGCGCGGCUCACUUUGACGAUGAUCAUGCGGAUGGAGGCGACAGAAGCAGCCCUAUGCCCGCUUUCGAAGACACGACCUUGCCCCUCGUUCACCCUGCCGAUAGCGGCCCCGUCUCUGUUGGAACUAAGCAUGCUGUUCACAUUCUGCGAGACCUGUUUGGCUCCGAGGCCGCCAAUGAUGCCGACAAGAGGAAGAAGUCGGCGGUUGUCUUCCAAACCCUACUGCCUGAGAAGCAGACCACCAAGGCCGAAGCUACCAAGAUGUUCUUUGAGUGUCUGGUUCUUGCAACCAAGGACGCCAUCAAGGUCGAGCAGACCUCUGGUCUCGGUGACCCUAUCAAAGUACGAGGAAAGCGAGGCCUUUGGGGCGCCUGGGCCGAGCGGGAAGCUGGCGGCGAGAUUUCGAACCAAGACCAACCCGAGUCCGUUGCUCCCGUGAGCGUUGCGGCGGUUGCUGUCGAAGCAUAA